AUGGAGGCGCUCCGUUUGUCCCGAACCAGCCUUUCCCAAUGUCGCCCAAACGCCCUGCUCCGACACCGGCCUAAACUAGGCGCUCGUUUUCACGCGCAUGGUCCAAUACAGCGUCGCGGCGCAUCGACGAAACCAAAUCCAAGGUCAGAAAAGCGCACGCCCCCGUCGGCGCCGGCGCCGGAGGAAGUCCAGAUCCCCAUACCGAACACCGUCCCGCCGAUCCCGGAACCGGCGCCUCGCCAAUGGUGGCAGCGGCUGGGGCCCAUCACGCGGGCCGCCGGGGCCUACGGACGAGCGCAGCGUAGGCGGCCAUACGUCACGCAGCUGUGCACCUCGCUCGCCAUAUACUUUUGCGCCGACCUGUCUGCCCAGAGCAUGGAUGACAAGUACGACCCGAAGAGGACCGUGCGGUCGCUGGUCAUCGGGUCGAUAUCGUCCAUACCUAGCUACAAAUGGUUCAUGUUCUUGUCCCACCACUUCAACUACUCUUCCAAGAUUCUCUCGCUCGCUACCAAGAUCGCCAUCAACCAAACCUUCUUCACGCCCGUCUUCAACACUUACUUCUUCGGAAUGCAGUCCUUCUUGUCCGGCGGCUCGCUAUCCGACGUCCUCGACCGCAUCCGCCGCGCCGUACCGACCAGCAUCGCCAACUCGCUGAAGUUAUGGCCGGCCGUGACGGCAUUCAGUUUCACGUUCAUCGCGCCCGAGUACAGGAGCGCGUUUGCCGGCGUCAUCGCUGUCGGCUGGCAGACGUAUUUGGCUUACCUGAACAGGCAGGCCGAAAUGGCGGCCGCCGAGACGGCAGCGGCGAUCGAGGCCGCGCUGCCCGGUGCUGCGGCCAGGAUGGCUCAGGGGGCGGCGAUGGCUACUGCGGCAGAGCAGGAAGGCCGUUGA